GGGGCUGAUGUUACUAUCAGUUAGCUCUGAAGUACCAUGAGAAAGAAGUUUAAUGUUAGAAGGAGAAUCUGAUGAGCUUUGCAGGAUGCAGCUGUGAGCAUUUUGGGGUGAUCCUUUACAGUCUGCACAUUGAAUUAAGACCUAAUUCAUGGACUGUGCAAGCAAUUGCUAUGGAUGCUCCAAACAAAUAGCACUUUCUUUUGUGCCCGCCUGGCUGGUGCCUCUUCCCAGCUGGAGCCGGUCAGGGUUUCUCAUUGGGCACAAGGAGAAAAGCUUUGCUCUACGAACCACACAGUAAAAAGGAGAUUAACUACAAAGCAGAGCUGUUGAGUGGAGCAGCAAGGACCUUGUCUGGUACCUGCAGGAGGGGCUGAGGAGGUGGGGGGGGGGUUGUUCUGACUGCUUGGGCUCAUCACUGCUCAUCCAACAACUGCUGCAGAAGUAGGUCUGGCCAUGUCCCCUGGGGAAGGUGCUGCUCCCCCACUGCUCGCUGGACAGCACAGCCCCACGUGCUCUGUCCCCAGGGGCAGCCAGGACAGGGCUGACCUCCAGCCCUUUGCCUUUUCCUGCCCAGGGGAGCAUGAGAACAUCCCAGGGGCCUGUUGGUUCCCAGCCUGCAGGAGGGCUUGGCUUGGAGCAGCGGGUCCCAUAAGGAAUGGGCUCAGCAGCAGAUGGGUGAGCUCAGUCACAUUUACCAGCAAGUGGUGGCUUAGUGUGAGAACAUUUGACAAAGGGGCAGCUGUGGUGGGAGCCAGGGAAGGCUCCUGUAACCCCUGAGCUCCCUGUGAGGGGAAGGCAGUGGUUGUACACGUUUCUUGUUUGCCAGCUGAUAAGAGAACACAGAUUCCUUUCCUCUGGAAACAUAACUGAGGAGCAGGCACCACAGGCUGGUCCUCACUUCCUGGCAAGCAGGUUUGGUGGCUGGAGCUCCUUGCCCUGCACAUCCCAGGGGUCAGGUGAGUUGGUCCCAUAGGGAGUGCACAUCCUGGCCUGGGAACUUCUCGGCAGCCUGAGAAUUCUGCCUGUGGCAGGGUUUCCUCUGCAGUGGAUUUGCUGGCUGCAGGGAAUUGGGAAAGGUUCAAGUUUGAAGCUUCAUCUUCCUCUACUAGGACUAAGAUGAGCCUUUAAGCAGCUUAUGAACCUGGCAUAUGAGCUCAUGGAUUCAGCAGGGAGCAGCAGCCUGCCAGAACAGAUGAACAUUAUCAGCACAUGGUUUGCUGGAUCCCACCAUGCCCUUUGUGCUAUGGCUGAUGUCUGAAAGAGGAAAAGCUCCCCUUCUCCCUGAGAAAAGUCCUAACCUUGCUGCUUGAUGGUGGGCAGUGCAAGGAGAAGUCAUCUGGGAUGACACAGCUGAUUUCCCCACAGUCCAUGUGAUGCUUGUUCCAUCGUCACCAGUCCGUAUGUCACUGACUCAUUUUUCUCAGCUAUGUGUCAUGAAAACAAACAUUCUCUGCAACAGCAGUAGGACCAGAAGCGGUGUAAAGCCCAAGCAGUGUUGGGCAUCUCAGCAGUCGUGUAAUUCCCUGGGCUUCACACACCAGGUUUGCCCGCUCAGGUCAGGAAUUGCCAACAUUGCUGAUCUGAACUGCCUUAAGGCAUUAUUUGGCUUUUUGGACCCCUGUCUCUGGUGGUAGUUGCUUUGAUUUCCCAUCCUGUGUGUGCCAGGAGCUGCAUCCACAAUCUUCUCUCGGAACGAUGGAGAGUUUUCAAGCAAGAGUGGGGCACCUCUCUGCCACUGGCAUGAGAGCCCGUGUCUACUGUGAAGACUUUCUGUUCCCAAAGGUGUGCAGGACUGUCUCAGACCUAUGGUCAGUUUACACCAAGCCUGUCCCAGCAAACAGCAGAGAGGUGUGGACUUUGUUCCUGCAGUGUUUCUGUGUCACAGCAGUGAUAGGAGGCCUCUUUUACAACUGGAUGUUUGCUUCCCUGGAGUACUCCUGGCAUCUCUCCAUUAAAAUGGCCAUCUUCUUCAGUCUGCUCCUUCUCCUGGCCCUUUUCUUGGUGCAUCCUGCACGUUGUGUCUUCAGUAUCAUUAUGCCUACAUUAGGUACCAAACAAGGCCGGAAGCUCCUUUUAUCAACCUGCGUCAUGAUAGUAGUGGUUAACAUAACACCCAACAUCAUAAGCAACAUUAAAACCAUACUGCAAGUUAUUAAAUGCAUCUGUAAGAAUUCCUCUGAGAGCCUUUUGAACUCAACUGCUCUGCUAGAGACAGCAACCUGGGAGUUUGGGGAUGCAAUCCAAGAAACUGUUCAUUCCAUUCGUAUUUAUAAGCCUAUGAAUGGACAUUUUCAGUUUUCAUUGCUGAAGAACAGCUCCUCGAGUUACCAACAAAUGCAUCUUGCUGGUGAGAAAAUUGGGAGGGACUUUUUGGCUGUUGAGGUACUGGUCAAAUAUGCUGUACAAGUGGGCAACAAGGUGGUUGCUGGUUUCUCCAUGCUCUGUCUCUGUUUUCAGUCCAGCUGCUAUUUGAAAAAUUACCUCACCAACCUCCGCUUUGACAAUUUUUACAUCACCAAGAAGCUGGAGCGUUUAGCUGUGGACAGAAAAGCAGCUCAUCUGCUUGUGGGCUCAUCCAAACCCCUCAUUCGACCAACAGGCUUGAAGCUGUCCCGGGAAGAAGUGAUGCUGUGCCUUGUGCAAGCCAUGCUCCUCACCGUGGCCCUGAUGCUGAUCCUGGCGGUCAUGGCCAUGGACCACUUUGCAUUCAGCAUGGCAGACACUGCAGUGAGAAAGGCAGCUCAGUUCUCCAUGGUGCCUGUUGCUCUCAACAUCAAAUACAGUGCUAAAAUAAGGUUUGUGCCCUUUCUGUCAAAAAUUCUGGGGAUUCCUUACCAAGAAACACCACUUCAGGACUUUGAGAGAAGCUACCACCAUCACCUGAUCUUCAGCUCUGCCCACUGCAGGAUCAGUCCCCCGACACCUCCCAACCCCUCUGUGCUGCUCGCCAUGGGGCUGCUCUUCUGCAUCCUCUAUGCCACCGUAUUCCUGGAAACCUACGCGCAUCGCCUGUGCAGAGCAAUUGCAGCCUCCUUCUUUGAGAGCUGGGAGGAGAAGCGAGUGCUUCACCUCUACAGGAAGCUGUCCAGGAAGCAUCAGGAGGAGCAAAACAAGGAGAGAAACUAAGGGUACUUUUGGGAAUACAGGGGAUGCCUGAGAACUGUGGCAGUGGCGGGGCACAGGCUUCUGCCAUGGGAUUAUGCAUUUAAAUUCACAGAGGCAGUGUUUGGAGUCGGGGGAAAACUAUUUGCCAAAAAGAAGGCAAAAUGUCACAUUUUGCAUUAAUUUCAGAAAAAUGGGCUCAAAAAUUCACUUUUUAAUUUUAAUCUAGAAGGUCUGGAGCCAGCUGUGGUGGGAGAUAACUCAUAUGACUUUGAGGAUAUCUGCAGAAUUAGGGAAGGCUAGCUGGGUAAUAUGUGGGAGUUGGGGUGAGGGGGAGCUCAUUGACCUCCCCAACCACAUCCAUACUGGAAGAAGUACACAGUGAGAAAAGAAACUCUUUUGAUUUGAUUAAUUUACCUUUAAGGGAACUUUUCCUUUCAGCUUUUAUGCACAGAUAUCCGGGUACACUGGAUAAAUAUAAGACUUUAGAAAAUAGUUUAUUCACCUAAGAAAGUGUCAUUUCCACCCACUGAAACAAAUUCAAGACCAAUAUGAACGUGAGGUGCACAUCCUGGGCAUGGGGGGUUGUGGAAAUCAGCACAUGAGGAGUUUAUGGAAUCACUUCACAAUGGCUCUUUAAAUGAAAUAUAAAUAAAAUAGCUGGAGAAAGUCAGAAGAGGAUGAGAGCAGCCAAAAAGGCUGGUCUGGGUGUCGGUCUGUUUUCCCAAGUAAAAAGUGGCAGGAUGAGAGGAAAUGGCCUCAGGU